GCCGCUUUAGGCGCAUACACCGUUUUCCGACAAGAAUUUUUCAUUCUUCUACUCCCAGGCUCGCCUUUUUUGUCCAGCCCGUCCUGAUACUGCUGUGUAGUUAAUCUAAUCCUAGUCUACAGUAGUAAUCGUACAUGGAGAGCCACGACGCUGUGCUUAAUUCGCUUGCAAAGCUGCGCAUGCACGCCGAGUUGGGCUCGUCCGAUUCGCACGACAAGCCUCAAGGCGACGAGCACAGCGAUGCUUCAGCAGUAGCAGCAGCCGAUGGCGACGACCAAUCUGUCUCCCAGCAGUCCGAACAAUCUGAGCAUGAGUACCACGACCUCGAUCACCCGUCAACGUCACUCCGUCCAGCCGCACACGCGCAGCAUGUCCAACGCGAGGGCUACGGCUUCCGUCCGCUCUCAGGCUCGUCUACUCCUCUUACGGCCAAAGGAACCCAGUCACCUCUCCCGGAUCCAAAUGGUCUUGGCUGGCCCGCAAAGUCCACUCUCUCGCGACUCUAUUCGACUCCCGCACAACGCAAAGCUCGCGAAGAGAAGCUCGCCGGCGCCGUCCGCACGCUCCUCGAAUGCAUUGGCGAAGAUCCAGAGCGCGACGGUUUGAGACGAACUCCUGAACGUUAUGCUCAGGCUCUCAUGUGGAUGACUCGCGGUUAUGAAGAGCGAUUGGCAGACGUGAUAAAUGAUGCUAUUUUCCCCGAGGACCAUGACGAGAUGGUUAUUGUCCGCGACAUCGACAUUUUCUCCUUAUGUGAACACCACCUCGUGCCCUUCACCGGAAAAGUCACGAUUGCCUAUAUUCCAAGAAAACUUGUGUUAGGUCUUUCGAAGCUCGCACGCAUUGCUGAAACCUUCAGCCGUCGGCUACAAGUUCAGGAACGUCUCACAAAACAAAUUGCUGUUGCUGUUGAGGAGGCCAUAAAGCCUCGCGGCGUGGCAGUCGUUAUGGAGGCAACGCAUUUGUGCAUGACGAUGAGGGGUGUGCAGAAGCCCGGUUCGGCUACCAUCACAUCCUGUAUGCUUGGAUGUUUUCGCACUCAGCAAAAGACCCGCGAGGAGUUUCUUACUCUCAUGAACUCGAAGACGCGCUAGACGACGACAGCACAUCAUUGCAUGACUUGGCAAACUUUCCUCUCCAAGCUUUCAUUCUCACCAUUCAACUGCAUGCUCAAGGAUCCAACUCCAUUGCGGACACACUAGAGAGACGUUUAACACGUUUACAUGAAACUCAGAAAUACCGGGCAACCCCAAUUUGCAUGGUCUUCAGCGCAUCAAAUCAUUUUACGAUUCAACUCGCCUAACUCCUGGUUUUAUAAUGACUUAUUACUUUCCCCUCCCUUUUACUUCCCACCAUUUAUUGGCAACGCUGUAGUUUGUUUUAUACUGUUUAGCGAGAGUGGAGACUGUACAAGCGAGAAAG